GUCUCUCUCUGCUCAGCCUGCACCUUCUUUUCAUAAGGAUUUUGUGUACAACUUUUGACUGCUUCUUUGAGCUUGUGAAAGUUUAUUGCUUUACUUCAUAUUCCAUGAUAUUAAGUGUAAUUAUAUGCUAUGUGAGACAUUACUGAGCUGAUCUAGAUCUGAUUUGUUGAUGUACAUUGUUUGACUGUGGACUCUCUCUCUUGUUCUUCUAGAGAUUUGUUGACUUGGGCUUACUCAGAAACCUCUAGUGAGGGUGAGAAGCUCAAGUGCCAUGUACUUUCGCCCCUGUUCUUUUAGUGCAGUCCGUUAGAUCUUUUAUUAAACAGCAUCUACCAUUAUAAUGGGAAUUUGGAGAGUCUGUCACCAUACAAAAAGUACUAUUAAGUUUUUGGACAAAAUGGAACUUCCUGUGGUUUUCAUGCUACUGCUUCUAUGUUCUUCAGCAGCUUAUGCUCAAACUUCUAAAUCUCCCAUCUUAAGCCCUACUCCAGCCCCAGCACCUGCACCGGAACACGUGAACCUCACAGAUUUACUCACUGUGGCUGGCCCAUUCCACACCUUCCUUAACUACCUUGAGUCCACCAAAGUGCUUGAGACCUUUCAAGACCAAGCCAACAAGACUGAGGAAGGCAUAACUAUCUUUGUACCAACAGAUAGUGCCUUCUCAUCUCUUAAGAAGCCUUCUCUUUCCAAUCUCACAGCUGACCAGCUCAAGUCACUCAUCCUAUUCCAUGCCUUGCCGCAUUACUAUUCUUUAUCUGACUUCAAAAACCUCAGCCAAUCAAGCCCCAUACCUACAUUUGCUGGUGGACAAUACACUUUGAACUUCACUGAUGUUUCAGGCACCGUGCACCUUAGCUCAGGAUGGACAGACACAAAAGUGAGCAGCAGUGUGCUUUCCACUGAUCCGGUUGCAAUUUACCAAGUUAACAGGGUUCUUCUUCCUGAGGCAAUCUUUGGCACUGACAUACCUCCAACCCCAGCUCCUGCACCGGCUCCCGAAACUGCACCAGCUGCAGAUGCUCCAACAACUGAUGGAACUAAUGGCUCAUCAUCUCCAGGAUCUUCACCAGGAAAAUCCUCUUCUUACAGGAUUAUCAGCUGGGGUAUUUGGGGUCACUUUGUUUUGGCAGUCUCAGCUGGGCUGGUCUUGUUCUUGUGAGACAGACUUCACCAUUGAAAUCCUUUUAAGUUAUGUUAAAAGGGCUUAUAUUCACUUAUUUUGUUCAAUUGCUUUGAUUUUGAAACCAUUUUUUGUGGACAUAUGUGGGUACUGAAUCUUUACGUGUAUGAGAAUUUGAGUUCUGUUGUCUAAAUGAGUAAAUGGCAAUUUGUUUGAUCUAUUUUUUAUA